UUUCACUUCGAGCCGAGCAGACGCCAACCCCUCGCAGACAAAACCCUGGAACAGGAAACCCAGAGGGCCGAGAGUCCCCGGCCCCCCCCCUAUUUCCCCAGCCCGGGGCAUCCCUGCCCGGGACUCCACGCCUCUUAGCAUUUGGCCAGCGAGGUCCCUGCAGCCGCCGGCACUCACGCGCCCGCGCCCAGCCCGCGCCCUCGGCUCCAUCCCGCUCGCGGGCCCGGGCCAGGAGGGCUGGACCGGCUCGCGGCCCGCCAUGGAGGUGGAGGAGGCGUUCGGGGCCGUGGGGCAGAUGGGCAUCUACCAGAUGUACUUGUGCUUCCUGCUGGCCGUGCUGCUGCAGCUCUACGUGGCCACGGAGGCCAUCCUCAUUGCACUGGUAGGGGCCACACCAUCAUACUACUGGGACCUGGCUGAGCUCCUGCGGAAUCAGAGCCAUGGGAACCUGUCAGCAGGGGAAGCUCAGGCUCUGGGUGACUGGCUUCUGACAGCGAAUGGCAGCGAGGUCCACAAACAUGUGCACUUCAGCAGAAGCUUCACCUCCAUCGCCUCAGAGGAGACCUCUGAUUACCUGAUCUUCUCCCAAAGCGAGAUUUUCCUGUACAUGGGCUGUAAAUAUUUUGAUGGGAAAUUCAGGGGUGGGGUGACCUGGAGUUUGACAGAAAUUAUGAUCAGAACUGUGUCAUCAUACCUAGGUAUAUUGUCUGAUUUCUGGCAAUAUCCAAGUGCAAAUUUUACCUUGGAAUUAAAUAUUGGCCAAAUGGGCAGAAGUUUUGCUCUUGACAUCUUAUUUGCUAUUGCAAAUGGAUUUUCCCCCUCAUAUGAAUUCUUUGCAGUAACUCGCUUCUUGGUGGGCAUGAUGAAUGGAGGGAUGUCGCUGGUGGCCUUUGUUCUGCUGAAUGAAUGUGUGGGCACCGCCUACUGGGCACUUGCAGGAUCAAUUGGUGGCCUCUUCUUCGCAGUGGGCAUCGCUCAGUGUGCCCUACUAGGCUACUUCAUCCGUUCCUGGAGGACCCUUGCCAUUCUGGUUAACCUGCAGGGGACAGUGGUCUUCCUUUUAUCACUAUUCAUUCCUGAAUCACCUCGUUGGUUAUACUCCCAGGGUCGGCUGAGCGAGGCUGAAGCAGCCCUGUACCUCAUUGCCAAGAGGAAUCACAAGCUCAAGUGCACGUUCACGCUGACACAUCAAGCCAACAGGAGCAGCAAGGAAACUGGAAGUUUCCUGGACCUCUUCCGUUACCGGGUCCUCUUGGGACACACGCUGACCCUGAUGUUUAUCUGGUUUGUUUGCAGCUUGGUGUAUUAUGGCCUCACCCUGAAUGCAGGUGAUCUAGGAGGAAAUAUUUAUGCCAACCUGGCCCUGUCUGGCCUCAUAGAGAUCCCAUCUUACCCUAUCUGCAUCUACUUGAUUAACCAAAAAUGGUUUGGUCGGAAGCGGACAUUAGCAACAUUUCUGUGCCUGGGAGGACUGGCUUGUCUUAUUGUAAUGUUUCUUCCAGAGAAGAAAGGCUCGGGUGUGUUUGCAGUGGUGAACAGCCGUUCCUUGUCUCUGCUGGGGAAGCUGACUAUCAGUGCUGCCUUCAACGUCGUGUACAUCUACACGUCUGAGCUUUACCCAACCGUCAUCAGGAACGUUGGACUUGGAACUUGUUCGAUGUUCUCCCGUGUCGGUGGAAUUAUUGCUCCCUUCAUCCCCUCACUGAAAUAUGUGCAGUGGUCUCUACCCUUCAUUGUUUUCGGAGCCACUGGCCUGACCUCAGGCCUCCUGAGUUUAUUAUUGCCAGAAACUCUUAACAGUCCAUUGCUGGAGACCUUUGCUGACCUCCCGGUGUAUUCCUACAGAAGACUGGGAGAGGAAGCAUUAUCUCUACAUACCUUGGACACCCCACAGUGUGCAGACAAGGAGAGCACCAGAGGGAGUGAGAGUGAGGAAGAGGAAGAGUUCUACGAUGCAGAUGAAGAGACGCAGAUGAUCAAGUGAGGAGCCCAGAUUUUCCUGUCAGAAGCAGAGGAUCGUCUUUCUUGCCUCUGUCUGAGGAAGGUUCUCCCAGGGAAUAAGAGCUACAGAAAGACAGGUUGAGAGCCUCCAUAGAAGGAACUCAGCAAUAGUUGCUCAUGUAUCUGAAAUUCAGGUUUACCUCAGAGUCAUUAUCUCCAGCCAGAGCUCGUAUCUAUACACCAAGUGGCAAAGCGAUUGGUUUAUGUCUAUAGGUUUGAUCAAGUUGCUCUCCCUUCAUCAUAUCCUAAUGGCAUGUGUGUUAAGUUUCUUCUUCUCAUUCUAAUGAGAUUAGAUAAACUGCCCUUAAGAGUGUAUCCUUAUAUCUGCCAUCUGGAUCAGCUACACUGCAUCAGAAAUCUGUAGAGGUAGAUUGGUGUGGACAUUUCAGUUUCAUGCCAAAGAAAAAUCACAGAGAUUUCCUUUUGUGUGGCGCAGACCCUUUGGGGGUUUUUUGUUUGUUUUCUUUUCUUUUCUUUUUUUAUAUGAUAAGACAGAUAGAAAUUGAGAGGGGAGGAGAAGAUAGAGAGAGGGAGUGAAAGAAAGAUACCUGCAGACCUCCUUCACUGCUGGUGAAGCCUCCCUCUUCUAGAUAGGGAGUGGAGGCUUGAACCUAUGUGCUUUUGCAUGGUAAGAUGUGUGCUCAACUGGAUGUGCCACUGCCUUAACCCCUCCCCCCAAGACUCUUUAGUUUUACCCUAAAUGAUGAAAUUUUAGUCCUCAGCUAAUAAUUGGCUUGAGCUCUUAGUGUCUUUGGUUCCAAAUAUGAUUCAGAAGGAAAAAAAAAAAAUCCAGUGGCACCAAAGUAAUGCUCUUGAACAGAGAUAUGACUAUGAUUCCCUGUCAGCUGCUUUCUGCACUUGAAUGGUGUCAUUGCUUCUGUUCCUUCUUAACCUUCACCCCCCAGAAUAAUAUCCAUCUUGGUUUUAAUACCAGCAAUAGCUGCAUGAUCAAGUUUUAUAACGAUGGAAUAGAGUAAAGGAAGUGAUUUGUUUAGCUUUUAAAUAUUAAAAUAAAGUGGGGAGAGAGUGGGGAAAUACUAUUUUUAAUAAGAAAGAAAAUUACUUUUCACAAUUCUUAUUUAUUUUGUUUUCAGUGUUGUGCAAUAAAGGGCCUGGGCAACAUUUAUGAACUUAAAUUCUUCUAGGCCUAGAACCCUGCUUCUUUCUUUUUUCUUUUCUUUUCUUUUCCUUUUUUUUUUUUUUUUUUUUUUUUUUUGCUUCCAGGAUUAUCACUGGGGCUUGGUGCCAGCACUAUGAAUCCACUGCUCCUGGAGGCUAUUUUUCCCAUUUUUGGUGCCCUUGUAUUAUUAAUAUUGUUGUAGCUGUUGUUGUUGUUAGAUAGGACAGAGAGAAAUCGAGAUGGGAGGGGAAGACAGAGGGGGGAGAGAAAUAUAGACACCUGUAGACCUGCUUCACCGCUUGUGAAGUGACCCCCCUGCAGGUGGGGAGCUGGGGGCUCGAACUGGGAUCCUUAUGCCAGUCCUUGCGCUUUGCGCCAUGUGCGUUUAACCCGCUGCGCUACUGCCCACUUGUUUCUUCAAAAUGGAAGACUGAGUAAUUUCAUAGCAAAUGCUAGAUUGUUACAAAUUCUAAAUUCUACCAAUUUUUUAUUAUUUAUUUAUUUAUUUAUUUUUGCCACCAGUGUUAUGGCUGGGCUCAGUGUCUACACAAGGAAUCCACCACUCUUGGCAGCUACUUUUUCUUUCCUUCUUCCUUCCUUCCUUUCUUUCUUUCUUUCUUUCUCUCUCUCUCUUGCCCUUUCUUCCUAGCUUUCUUUCUGUUAAUUAUAAUAGAGAUAGAGAGAAAUAAGAUGAGAGAGAAAGAAUAAUACCUGCUGCCUGUUCCACCACCCAUGAAGCUUUCCCCUUGCAGGUGGGGACUGGGUGCUCAAAUCUGGGCCCUUAAACAUGGUAACUUGAGUUCUUUAUCUGUUGCACUACAUAAAAUCAAAGUUAGUUUCAUAAACUUUUGCCCAGAGAAUAUUUCCCCAGAAACUUUAAUGUUACCUCAAAUUGGAGUAUUCACUUGAACUCAAAAAGCUUGGACAUUAUUGCUUUAAGUCACUUUCCCAGCUUGAAAAAUAUCUGUCUUGUACACUUGUACUAAUUUUGUGGAGAAAUAGAACUUGCAUUAGAAGUAAAGAGAAGCAGUCACUGUCGUUGCUAAUUGUUGUUUUUGGAAACCUUGAAGACAUCAGCCUGGCUGGGAAGAAUACUCUCCCAUCCUCUCCCACAUUGACCUCUUGGUUUAUACACCAUAGCAGUUUAUACCUUUGUAUGUGUUGAAGUAUUAUGUAUGUCCCCAGAGGAUUAGAUAUAGGACUCUUUAUAAAUAGGGGUCAUUUUAACUAUUGCUUGUUUUCUCUUCUAUGUUUAGAAUUUAGACCUAGACACUGUAAGGACCUAGUAAGUACUGUGGUACUAAAAAAAAGUAUUGUAGUAUUGUCAUCAGAAAACUUAGGGAACUGUUCCAUAGCACUCAGGCAGAUGUGACCCAAACAUGGAAGUUGUUGAAUGUUGCUGACUUUCUCUGGAAAAUGAAACCUUUCCCACCAAAAGGAGGGGAAGAAAGGAAGA